AUGCACUUGUUGGAAAGACGAAAUUCUCACCUGACAAGAAAGUUACGAUAUUAUGUUGCCCGUCACAUUCUUCUUCCGAGAACACGUGUUUCCAAGCUAGUUGUUUUCCGCGCAGUCCUCACUUCACUUUCACGAAGUUUGAAAGUCCGAAAAGAGCGAAAAUCAAGCCGGUUGGCGACGACCAGGUCAACGACGAGGCAUCUUCACCUUGAAGAACUUCCAGGACUCCCAACGACGAUCAACCGUUAUCGAAAAACGAGUUUGAGGUCAGAAGACAUCCAAGAAGUCCGGCAUCUUCACGUUGAUCCUUAA